AUGUUUUGCGUCGUGAUCAUUGAAAAUCUUACUAUUGUGCAUAUAGCCACACCCCAAUCAAACCGAUCUUUGUCAUAUAUUCUCAUAAGUAAAAUCAGAUUAUCCAUUUCAUGGAUCAAAACAACUACUGAUCUUGUUUUGAAUCUAUUCAACAAUCCACAGAAAACUAAACGUUCUCUACCAGAAGAAGCCGAAUGCGGUUCUUUGGAAGGAAUUAAAUGCUGGCUUCGUGAAGGUGCAGAUAUUAAUGCUCCUGAUGCUUAUGGUUAUACACCACUGAUGAACGCUGCUAUGCUUGGUCGACGUGAUAUCGUUAAAGCAUUAAUCGAUGCAGGAGCUGAUAUCCAAAAGAAAGGUCAAUUCGGCUAUACAGCUCUUCACGCUGCCGCUCAAAAUGGCCAUCUCGAUGUAGUUCAAACGCUUGUUAAAUACGGAGCUAGUGUUAAUUGUAAAAAUGAUGAUGGAGAUAUUCCACUCAUUCUUGCUGUCCGUGGUACACAUGCUGAAAUCAUUGAUUAUCUAUUGAAAGCUGGCUCCGAUAUUCACCAAAAUGGUUGGCUCGGACAAUCAGCUGUUCACACCGCCAUUGCAACAGGAGACCAAGCAACAGCUGAUACGUUGCUAAACCGAGAAAUGAUGAUUGGCUGUUCAUGCUCAGAAUCACACCGUCAUGCACGGGAGCACCUUCGACAAGCGUCGAUGUCAUUGGAUGACUGA